CAGGCGCCGUUGAAUUGACUGAGAAGGGUCCUGCAGAGUGGCACCAUGAGUAUCUCAGCUCUCGGAGGCAGCAGCAAAGGGGAGCCCCUGCCACGAGGCGAGGAGGAGCGUGAUAAUGUCCUCAAGCAGAUGAAAGUGCGAACCACGCUGAAGGGGGACAAGAGCUGGAUCACCCAGCAGGACGAAUCAGAGGGCCGCACCAUAGAGCUGCACUCAGGCCGGAGCCGCGCCACAUCCUUCUCAUCGGUUGGGGAGGUCGCAAAGGCCAGGCCUCCGAGCACCAGGGCCCCCACUGGCUACAUCAUCCGGGGAGUGUUCACCAAGCCCAUAGACAGUGCAUCCCAGUCGCAGCAGCACUUCCCCAAGGCCAACGGGACUCCGAAGAGUGUGCUGAGAGCAGCCAGUGCUGGCCCACCCCGGCCCGCCUCCUCCAGCUACAAGAUGAGCACCGAGGAUUACAAGAAGCUGGCUCCCUACAACAUCAGGCGCAGCUCCACGUCCGGGGCUGCCGAGGAGGAGGAGGAGGAGGAGGAGGCAGUGCCCUUCUCCUGGGAUGAGCAGAAACGGAGAUCAGAAGCCGCGAGCAGCGUGGUGAGGAAGACCGCUCCCCGAGAACACUCGUACGUCCUGUCGGCGGCCAGGAAGAGCACGUGCAGUGCCACCCAGGAACUGCAAGCCCCACUUAUUGCAAGGAGGGUCGAGGUGGUGGACGAGGACGGACCUUCUGAGAGGAGCCAGGGCCCACCUGCUCUGGCAAGCGCCGCUCCUGGCUUGAGCAGCUCCAGAGGCGAAGAGGUUGUCCACCUGCAGGUCGCGACACCCACAGCAGGACUCCACUUGGCAGCCCCGGACCUGGAAGGCAUGAGGUCUUCCCCAAGCCACAAACCCGAGGAGGCCACUGGCCCCACAGAGCCUAACAGAGACCUAACUGCAGAAGAGGCCUGCAAGGGCUCAGCCCCAGACUCUGAAAGGCCAAGCACAUGCUCAAGUGAUGGCAGCAGGGGAUCCGGAGCCAUGGGGUCCUUGUCCGAAGGCUCGGUCAGAGUGGACACCAGCUCUGAGAGAGGAGGCUCUAGUACCACUUCAGCCUCUGCCGUCCCAGCCAGCAGGAAGAGUGACAGUGCAGCAGACCUGGAGGAUGCGAAGGCAGAGCCGAAGGGCACCCCGGUUGUUUCUGAGAAGAGUGUGGCCACCCACAGUGGAGAGACCUGGCAGGAGGGCCCUGCUGCCCCAAGAGGUGGCCAGGAGGCCUCGGCUGUACCUCCUCAGCAACCUGCAGAUCCCUGUACCCCAGAGUGGCAGAGCAGCCCCAGCAGACCCGAGAAGCCCGUGGGACUGGACAGCUGCGCAAGCAGGAUGAGAAGUCCCUCAAGCGGCAUGGUCGCUGUUACCGUCACUGCCACUUCUGAGCAGCCUCACCUGUAUGUCCCAGCCCCCCCAAGUGAAGUGGACCCCAGCUUGACCACCAAAGGGGUUCUGUUCGUGAAAGAGUACGUGAACGCCAGCGAAGUGUCGUCUGCACGCUGCGCCAGUGCCACCAGCACCGAGGCCUCAUCCACCAUGGAGAAGAGGUCGCCACGUGGCAGCGCCCUGUGCUCCCAGAGGACACCUGGAGGCGUCUGUACCUACUGCAGCCGUGAGAUCCGGGACUGCCCAAAGAUUACCCUGGAACAUCUUGGCAUCUGCUGCCAUGAGUAUUGCUUUAGGUGUGGGAUUUGCAGUAAGCCGAUGGGUGACCUCCUGGACCAGGUCUUCCUUCACCGGGACACCGUCCACUGUAGGAAGUGCUAUGAGAAGCUCUUCUAGCUCCCCAGACUGACGAGAGGCCGGCGACUCUGGGACAAGCUUGGCUGUCCCAGUUGCUCCAAGUUUCUGCCCGCCUCCUGAUCCUUCGUGUCCUCCCUCCCCAUGUGGUUUUUGCACACCUUUGCCCUCCUCAGUUGGGCUGGCGUCCUGUACUGCAUCGCAGUGGUGCCGUGACAGUCCCUUGUGUGUGUGGCUUCCCACAGCUUAGACAGCACUGACUCUGGUCAUGUUUCAGGCUGGGUCAGGGGCAGUGAGAAAACCAGCUUGGCUUCCUGCAGACGGAUUGGUUUUCUAAUGUGCUUAGGUGGCCUGGUACAUGCGGCGUGGGCGAAGGGUAGGGCCCAGUGUGUCCUCAGUCCCUUGAUGCUUCCGAGGGGCCAAGGUGAAAACUCGACGAUCCCUGCUGGGUAAAUUGCAGGCACUGAGGCCAGGGGCUGGCAGAGCGACCGUUCGGCGCUGACUGUCCCUUUACCCACAAAUGUACGUUUUACAUGUCCAGCAGACUUUUGAAGCAGCUGGUUGCUUCGGACUGAGUGGUGCAGCAGACUUUCAUCCUCCCUCUGCCCCCUUUCACAGUGUUCAAGCCUGUCCCUGCAGGCAUAAGGGCAUGUACUGCACAGCUCACGCUACUGGGUUUAAAUGUGACAGGUUGUGAGGGAGGGAGGUGACUGAGCAAAAGGCCCUCUGCAUCUGUCCGAAUCGCCGUAGCCAGUCGGUAUUUGCCCUCAGGUUGUCUCACGUGGGUGGUAGGGUACACGGACCCCAGCAGGACUGAGAAGUCAGGAAAGCAGCCACCGCAGACCAGGCAUCAUCACAAAGCAAUGGUGUUCCCCGUCAGAACCCUGUGACGGGCCCCCUUGUCCCCAUU